AUGAGACCAAGCGAAUCUCUUUCUUCUCUCAUUCUUGUUUUUGCAAUCACAUUCCAUUGUACUGGCAUAAACUGUGAAGACCCAUAUAGGUUCUUUAAUUGGAGGGUCACCUAUGGUGACAUUCACCCUCUUGGUGUUAAGCAACAGGGUAUUUUGAUUAAUGGGCAAUUCCCAGGACCUAAAAUAGACGCGGUUACAAAUGACAACUUGAUCAUCAGUGUGCAUAACUACCUUAAAGAGCCAUUUCUCAUAUCAUGGAACGGCUUACAGCAAAGGAAGAAUUCAUGGCAAGAUGGAGUCUAUGGCACAAAUUGUCCAAUCCCACCUGGGAAGAAUUUCACUUACGUUCUCCAAGUGAAAGACCAAAUUGGUAGCUUUUUCUAUUUCCCAUCUCCUGGAAUGCAAAAAGCCGCUGGAGGAUUUGGUAGAAUCAGAAUUCGGACUCGUCCUCAGAUUCCUGUUCCUUUUCCUCCUCCUGCAGGGGACUUCUCAAUACUUGCUGGAGAUUGGUUCAAAACAAACCAUCGUACACUGAAUAGAAUCCUUGAGAAUGGUCAUAAUCUUCCCUUCCCUCAUGGACUUAUCAUCAAUGGACGUGGUUGGAAUCGAACCACUUUUACCGUUGAUCAAGGUAAAACUUACAGGUUCAGGAUAUCCAAUGUGGGGCUCACAACAUCCAUCAACUUCAGAAUCCAGGGCCACAAAAUGAAACUUGUAGAGGUAGAAGGAUCUCACACCAUUCAGAACAUCUAUUCUUCCCUUGAUAUCCAUCUUGGGCAAUCCUACUCUGUGCUUGUCACAGCUGAUCAGCCUCCAAAGGAUUACUACAUAGUUGUCUCUACAAGAUUUACCAAACGGAUACUCACAACAACAGCUACUCUUCACUAUAACAAUUCGUUCAAAAGGGUAUCUGGUCCCAUUCCCCCGGGGCCUACCCAUGACAUUGCUUCCUCUCUUUUUCAGGCCAGAACUAUCCGGUGGAACCUGACAGCAAGUGGACCUAGACCAAACCCUCAGGGAUCAUACCACUAUGGAUUAAUAAAACCCACUAGAAGCAUCAUUUUGGCAAACUCUUCCCCUUUUAUAAAGGGGAAGAAGAGGUAUGCAGUCAACAGUGUCUCAUAUGUUGCACCAGAAACCCCGUUGAAGCUAGCUGACUACUUCAACAUCUCUGGUGUUUUCUCUGUUGGAAGCAUUCCUACCACCCCUACCAAGGCCAAACCCCACCUCCAAACUUCUGUCAUGGGGGCUAACUUUCGUGAGUUUGUGGAGAUUGUGUUCCAAAAUUUGGAGAACUCCGUGCAGUCAUGGCAUGUUGAUGGCUAUUCUUUCUUUGUUGUAGGGUUUGGUAGUGGGCACUGGACACCUGCAAGUAGAGCAAACUACAAUCUAAAAGACGCUAUUCCUAGAUGCACCACUCAGGUGUACCCUAGGGCAUGGACUGCAAUGUACAUGGCGCUAGACAAUGUGGGGAUGUGGAACAUAAGGUCUGAGAAUUGGGGAAGGCAAUUAUUGGGGCAGCAAUUAUGUCUGAGGCUGUAUACAUCGUCCAACUCAUUGAGGGAUGAAUAUUCAAUCCCAAAGAAUGCAAUUCUUUGUGGCAGGGCAAGAGCUUGCCACAACACGCUAGGCUUUUCUAAUUUAAGAUUUUGA